AUGGUUUCUCAUGUUUGGAGUAUUCUUACGAAUCGGGAGUCUCUGUGGGUCGCUUGGAUUCACUCUUACAGGCUAAAGGGUAGAAAUUUUUGGGAAUGUAAGUCAGUUCCGAAUUGCUGCUGGAGUUGGAGAAAAUUAUUACAGUUGCGGCCGUUAAUUAGGAGUUUUUGUUGGUCCAAGUUGGGUAACGGAAGAGAUACAUCAGUUUGGUAUGACAAUUGGAGUGGUAUUAGUCCGUUGAGUUCUUUUCUAUCGUCCAGAACUAUCACAAGGGAAGGAUUUUCGUUACAAGCCACUGUUGCGGAUUUGUCGUCUAAUGGCUCUUGGUUAUGGCCUGCUGCAUGGAGAGACACCUACCGGGUUCUUAUUCAGCUUGAUCAGGUACAAAGAGAUGCUAAUAAUCAAGAUUGUUUGCUCUGGAAAGAUGGGGAUGAGGUUAGUGAUUAUUCGUCCUCGGGGGUAUGGAACUCUAUCAGAAUUAGUGAUCCAGAGGUGAAUUGGCAUAGUAUAGUUUGGUUUUCGCAAUGUAUUCCUCGACAUGCCUUCUUUAUGUGGCUGAUUAUGCGGAAGAAGCUGGUUACUCAAGAUAAAAUCAUGUAUUGGAAUUACACUCGAACAACUAACAUGAAUAUGAUGUGCUGCCUCUUAUGCUACGAGAGUCUGGACUCGCAUGAUCACUUAUUCUUUGAAUGCAAGUUCUCGGCAAAGGUUUGGGAGUUCAUUCGUGCAAAAGCUGGUAUGGAUAAUGUGGAAGCUAAAUGGAGUGCUAUUACAGAGUGGCUUCGUCAGCGUGCUAGGUCCAAGUCUGCUGACAACUUAGUAUGUCGAUUGCUUGUUGCUGCGUCGGCCUAUGUUAUUUGGCGAGAAAGAAACACUCGUUUUUUCAAAAACCAUGCUAGGCCACCGGAAAAUAUUUGUGACUCGAUUUGUGAUACCGUUCGAUACAGAUUGAUGGGGUUAAAGUUCAAGAAUACACCAAAAGUGCGGAGACUACUGCAGAGGUGGGAUAUUCAUGGUGCUUUGGCUGUUGACGAUGGAGGUUGA